UCCUCUCGUGUCAUCGCCUCGCCUGCCAACUAACUGCAGAGAGCCAUCUCUCUCCUCGCUUUAAACUCCAGCGAAACAGCCGCUCGCUCCACACGCAGAUCGAGCAGCCUGGCCAAGCGCACGAACGAACAGGCAAUUGAUCGUCAGCUGCUAGCUAGUGGCAGCCCAAGAAGGAAUCAACAAUCCAGCCAGAAUCGAGAUGCUGAGACGACUCGCCGGCGGCGGCCGCGCUGCUGCGGUCGUGCUGCUCCUCGUGGUAACGACGGCGACCAGAGUCGCCGUCGCCGACGAUUUCUUCUCCCCUCUCAGCCCCCUCCUCGCCCCUGUAAUCGGGUCGAUGUGCAAGACGGUGGGGUGCGGGAAGGGGAACUGCACGGCGACGUCGGGGUUCCCGGGGUACAGGUGCGAGUGCGAGCCGGGGUGGACGCAGAUGCACGUCGGCGACGACCUCAGGUUCCUCCCCUGCGUCGUCCCCAACUGUUCCAUUGAUCGUGCAUGCUCAAACAUUACAGCACCAGCGCCAGCGCCUGUGCCAUCGCCCAAAAAUUUCUCCUUAUCAACAGAUCCCUGUCUAUUAGCUUACUGUGGUUCGGGAGGCACAUGCAAGAACGGGACAGGACUAAGUUACCACUGCGAGUGCAGAGAGGGUUUCAGUAACCUUCUGAACAUCACCACAAUGCCAUGUUUUCAGAAUUGUUCAAUUGGUGCGGAUUGCGCAAGCUUAGGGCUCCUUCCAUCCUCAAACUCUUCCAAUUCUCCUUCACCACCGGGAUCUGCUAGUAUCUCUAACAAUGGCAAUGCCCCCACAUUUGGACCAAUCUCACAUCAAAUUCUAUUUUCUUUGCUGAUGGUGGUCUCUCUGAUCGUGUGUCAGGCGAUUUAGAUAGAGAAUGGAGCACAGUACAUUAGCACUAGAUGGUUUUAUACCACGGACAGGAUAGAGCAGUUGGCCUGUUUUAGAGACGUAUACCAUUUGGGAUGUUUCUCAUGUUAGUGACACGCUAUGGUUAUUUUGUUCUCUGUGAGAUUUGAUCGUUGGUAUGAAUUAUAAAUUUAUAAUGGAAUAAACUUUAUCUGUGAA